CCCCCUCUCCCCGCCCGGCCAAUGGCUGUCGGCACCGCCCGCUUCCCGCCCGUGCGCUGUGGCCGCCCUGCUGUCCCGGGACAAGCGCCUCUCGGGCUGCUUCGGGGAAACUUCCAGGGCGAUGGCUUCUAGAGCGGAGCGGGCGCAAGAGGCGUCUCCAGCGGGGUCGGGUCCUCUGGGCGCCCUGUACCGGGAGCUGAGCCGGUUUCCCCGCGUGACUUAUGCCAGUGUAGGAGUCGGGUUUGCUGCCUGUGGCGGCGCCGCUGAGUGCCUGCCCCUCUACACGGAGUGGUGCCAGCCUGACCUGGGGCGCCGUCAGAAGCUGCAUUUCAGCCGUCAGUAUAUCCUACACCACAAUAGCAGAGCAAUUGUCUCCGUUACUCCUGUUGGCGUUCCAGCUGAGAUCCGGGACCAACUGCUGAUCAGAAUGUCACCUACUGGGAUGCAUAAGGCUGUUUUCACCCAUCACUUGGAAAUGGGGCAGAAGCAGGAAGUGAUAGAGCAGGUCUGGAACAAGAGUGGAAGGGUGAGAAGCAUUAAUCUCACAGCACUGGAUAAACAUGGCAGAGUAUACGCAGAUGAGCAGUUUGGGUGUGUUGCCUGGUCCAGUUCAGAAACACAAAUCCUUUAUGUUGCUGAGAGAAGACGCCCCAAAAGGCAACCACUUUUCCCUCAAAGCAGGUCCCCCCAAGGAGAGGAGCCAGGUGAAGCAAGAAAGGAGGAGCACUUUGUAUACUAUGACAAUUGGGGAGAGGCACUGAGUGAUAAAAGCUUCCCUGUCUUGUGCGUGGUGAAUGUUGAAACCAGUGAAGUUUCAGUGCUAGAGGGCAUCCCAGGGCAUAUCUCACCUGGACAGGCCCUGUGGUCCCCGGACGACAAAGGUAUACUGUUCGUUGGCUGGUGGCACGAGCCCUUCAGACUGGGUUUGAAUGCUUGCUCCAACAGAAGGUCAGCCCUUUUUCUCUUCGAUCUCUCUGAAAGUAGCUGUGAGUUGCUGUCCUCAGAUUCCGAGGCUGUUUCCUCUCCCCAGCUCAGCCCUGACGGAACUCGCCUGCUUUACCUUGAGUGCCCUGUAUUUGGGCCUCAUCGCCAGUGUCUGAAGCUACAGAUGCUCAAUUGGCAAACUAAGCUCACAUCUACAGUGGUGGACGUAGUCAGGACUGCCACAUCUGGGUUUUUUGGGAUUUACUCAGGGGCACUGCCUCUGCUUUGUUGGGCUGCUGACAACCAUAGAGUCCUGCUUAGCACUCCUCAAAGGAGUAGAAAGGAGCUGCUGGUUGUGGAUACUGAGCUGGGGAGUGUGAAGGCUGUUACAGAAGGCACUCCAGAAGGUAGCUGGACCCUGCUAGGAAUUCAGCAGGACCUCCUGGUGGUGAGCUGCUCAUCUCCCAAUUGCCCUCCAAGCCUGAAGGUGGGAGUGCUUCCCCCUGCAGGACGUGAGCUGGAACUGCAGUGGACGAGUGUGGAGGAAGCCUCUGUACUGCCAGAUAUGGAAUGGAAGAUUCUCACAGUACAUCCUCCCAUGACUGAGGACAACCAGUACACUGGCCAGGCAUUUGAAGCCCUGUUGCUGACUCCUCGGGGGAACAAACGAGGAGAAAAGACAUUUCCCCUUAUUGUUUCUCCACAUGGUGGCCCACAUGCUGUCUUUGAUGCUUGUUGGCAUCCUAAAAUGGCAAGUCUCUGCCAGUUGGGUUUUGCUGUGCUCAUGGUGAAUUACAGGGGUUCCCUGGGCUUUGGGCAAGCCAGCAUCGAGUCUCUAAUCUCCCAUGUGGGAGUGCAAGAUGUGGAGGACACACAGCUGGCAGUGAAAUUGGCAUUACGGAUGGAACCUCUGGACCCAGAUAGAAUUGCUUUGCUGGGAGGGUCUCAUGGUGGCUUUGUCUGCUGCCAUUUGAUUGCUCGAUACCCAGAGAUGUACAAAGCCUGUGUAGUCAGAAGCCCUGUCAUCAACAUGGCCACUCUACUGGGGACCUCUGACAUCCCUGACUGGAGGUAUGCAGUGCUAGGUCUGCCAUACUGCUUUGAGAGGAUUCCUACUGAGGAAGACCUGACUGCCAUGCUGCUCUGCUCCCCUAUAAUUCAUGCUGCAAAGGUGCACACGCCAUUAUUGAUGUAUGUGGGUGCCAGGGACCGGCGAGUGUCUCCAUACCAAGCUCUGGAAUAUUACCGUGUGCUGCGAGCCAGAGGUAUCCCUGUGCAGCUGGCGUGUUUGUCCUGUGUAGAAUGCAGAAAGGAGUUUCUGAUGGUGGAUAUCAUGUAAGAAGAUCGCAGAUAUCACAUUGGAAGAUGAGGAGGUGAACAAACUCCUGUUGUUGUGAACAGCAUUCUAAGGCUGUGUAAUAGUAUUGCCAGAGUGAAUUUGUGGACAGAGAUGGCAUCUGCGUCUGCCACAGGGGCUGCUGGUAUACAGAUGCCUGGUGUAGGUAUGUUGUUUCUUGGGAAGGGCUGUUCAAGAGCAGGAGGUGCCUGUAAACAUCACGUUCCUUUGCUUUUGUUUUGCUGUUUUCUAAUCUCGGUCUCUCCUAUGGCAAUUCUUAGAUGUCUUGACCAAUGAGCCUGAAGGGAUGUUAAUGUUUCAUUUUAAGAAAGGAAGUAGCUGACUUAGGGGGAGGAAGCAAGGCUGCUUGUGACUGGGGCAAGGUGGGGCAGGAGUCUUUAACCACUCAUCACCCCCCCUCCCAAUCAGAACCACAAUGGGAGGAAAUCUGCUGUUGGCAUCAAUAGGCCCUUUCUUCCCAUGGCAAAUGGCAGGCAUGAUAGGAGGGGUCAAUUCCAGUUUGUGUGCUGGAGAAAACAUGCACACUCUACUCCUGGCCAGGCUUGGGCCCCCUGAGCUAGCUCUUCACAAAAGGCAACACCUAAGAAUGGUUAAGGCUUUCUUCUUGGAAGCAUCCUGGCAGCUGCCUGCUUCAGCUUGGGAUUCACCAACACCAGGAGGGCAGCCUGCACAGGGGAGUACAUUAGUAUCAUUGUUAUACACACUGAAAUGGCAACUAUAUCUUUGUUAAUACAGCCAGUUAUAAAUAAGAUCUUUGCCACGUAAAAAGAAAUGGAAAGCACCAGCAGGAGGAGGACUGUCCCAGCUGCCUUCGUGUGAGCAUCUGUUUGAAGGCUCCUAAUAUUGGAUUCUUUCCCAGUCAGUUUGUAGACGUGUCUGUAGAGUGAGGCUACAACCAUGAUUGAGCAAGGAAAAACUAUCAGGAACGGGCAGCCAGCACCAGUAAUCAAAAAGAAGAUUUUGAAAUUAGUAGCAAAAUCAACCUCUGUCUGGUCUUGCGUCAUGUUUGUAAUGCUUCCCUGGGGUUUAAUAUACGCACUCUGCAGUGCAAAGAAGGAAACAAGCAAGGAGAUGGCUUGAGAUCCCCCAAGAAGCCAAGGUGUUAUCCGUGAUAUCCUCAGCUUGCACCAAAGAAAAAGGGAGCAGUUGUUGUUAAUGAUCUUGAGAUAAUAGAAGAGGCAGAGCCAGGCAGUAAGCCAGAAUCGGGAGAAUGUGAGAAAGGUUCCAAUGAAGUAGCAUAUUUGUAAUAUUAAGGGGCUGCUAAAGUCAGAGAUUAAGUAGUACUUAAUUAAAUAUGGAGACAGAACACCUGAGAAGCCGAUAUUGGACAUACCUAGAGACAGAAGAAGUUGUUCUCUAGCAUCAAGUUUCCUGCUUUUAGCCCACUCAGUGACUAUCACUGCAACAAUAAAGCCAUUGGAGAUGAGCCCACCGAUAGCCAGGACAGCUAGAGACGCCAGAAAGGCAAUAAGUUGAGGAGAAGGCAUCUCUCUGUAUCCUUGCAGAUUACUGUACCAGGUGGCCUCUCACCGAUCCAAAGUUGCUGCACUGAGAUGCAGUGUGCAAGUGAGACAGAACAUCUGCAGCAUCCUUAUGAAUGACCGGGGAACUAUGCAAAUGAACUAUGAACCAAAUUAUAAAUUAAUGAGA